AAAUUAGAUAUGACAUGGCAGUGGGUGGUGUUUGAAUCUGAAGUGAGGAUUUGGAGUAGUUAUCCUCACUUGCCACCAAAAACUCAUUAACUCAUAAAUAUCCAUCUCUGCCUUUUCAUGCCUUCACUUUCACGCCAUACAUAGAUGCUGCUUCUGCUUCAUCUUCUUCAUCUGCAUAAUUCAUAGUUCCAAGGUCGGUGAUUUCACCUUUCUCUUUCUCUGCUAAUUGUUGUGUGAGAACAUCGAUAUGCUACUUAUUUAAUUUGAUAUGAAUCGAACAGUGUUUUCUUGGUUAGUUAUGAUGUGAUUGGGCUGAUAAUCGAUAUAUUUAUUGGUUCCGGCAUCAGAAUGUCGUCGUCGAGGCGAAGCCAAUCAUCGAGCAAUUCAAGCAGAUCAAGACAGAGUGCAAGAGUAAUUGCUCAGACAAGUGUGGAUGCAAAGCUGCAUGCAAACUUUGAGGAGUCCGGAAGUUCAUUCGACUACUCGAAUUCGGUGCGGUUGUCUUCCGGUACAGCCAGUGGAGAAAAGCAAGCAAGGUGUGACAGAGUUACAGCAGCUUAUCUUCAUCAAAUGCAGAAGGGGAAGUUCAUCCAGCCCUUUGGGUGCUUGCUAGCUUUGGAUGACAAGACACUUAGGGUCAUUGCAUACAGUCACAAUGCAUCUGAAAUGCUUACCAUGGUCAGCCAUGCUGUCCCAAGUGUUGGUGAUCACCCUGCUCUUGCCAUUGGCACCGACAUUCGGACUAUUUUCACGCCCUCAAGUGCUGCUGCUUUGCAAAAGGCCCUUGCAGUUCCGGAGGUUUCGCUUCUUAACCCCAUUCUAGUUCAUUGCAAGACUUCUGGCAAGCCCUUCUAUGCAAUUGUUCAUCGUAUUACCGCUAGUUUGAUCAUUGAUUUUGAGCCUGUUAAGCCUCAUGAAGUUCCCAUGACUGCCGCCGGAGCGCUGCAAUCUUACAAGCUUGCGGCCAAAGCAAUAACUAGAUUGCAGUCUUUGCCCAGUGGGAGCAUGGAAACGCUUUGUGACACCAUGGUUCAAGAAGUUUUUGAGCUCACGGGUUAUGACAGGGUGAUGGCUUAUAAAUUUCAUGAGGAUGAUCAUGGGGAAGUGAUUGCUGAGGUUGCAAAACCAGGCCUUGAGCCAUAUCUGGGUUUGCACUAUCCAGCAACUGAUAUCCCCCAGGCUGCGCGCUUCUUGUUUAUGAAAAACAAGGUCCGAAUGAUAGUUGAUUGUCGUGCAAAGCAUGUGAAGGUGCUUCAAGACCCCAAAGUUUCCAUUGACUUAACUUUGUGCGGUUCAACUUUAAGGGCUGCUCAUAGUUGCCACUUGCAAUAUAUGGAGAAUAUGAAUUCAAUUGCUUCCCUGGUUUUGGCAGUUGUGGUCAAUGAUAACGAUGAAGAUGGGGAUGGCUCUGAUGUUGUUCAGCCACAAAAGAGAAAGAGACUUUGGGGUUUAGUAGUUUGCCAUAACACUACUCCAAGGUUUGUUCCCUUUCCUCUAAGGUAUGCUUGUGAAUUUUUGGCUCAAGUAUUUGCCAUCCAUGUGAAUAAGGAAUUAGAGUUAGAAUAUCAGAUUGUUGAGAAGAAUAUCCUGCGCACGCAGACACUCUUGUGCGAUAUGCUGAUGCGAGAUGCACCCCUUGGUAUUGUAUCACAGAGCCCUAAUAUAAUGGAUCUUGUGAGAUGUGAUGGAGCAGCACUCUUGUAUAGAGACAAGGUAUGGAGAUUAGGUGUGGCUCCAAGUGAAUCUCACAUAAGAGAGUUAGCUUUAUGGCUCUCUAAGUGCCACAAGGACUCCACGGGUUUGAGUACAGAUAGCUUGUCUGAUGCAGGCUUCCCAGGAGCUGCUGCUCUUGGUGAUGUUGUUUGUGGAAUGGCAGCUGUGAGAAUUUCUUCCAUGGACAUAGUUUUCUGGUUUAGAUCACACACUGCUGCAGAAAUCAGAUGGGGUGGUGCCAAGCAUGAACCUGGUGACAGGGAUGAUCCUACAAAGAUGAGUCCAAGAUCAUCAUUCAAGGCUUUCCUUGAAGUUGUGAAGGGAAGGAGCUUACCAUGGAAGGACUACGAAAUGGAUGCUAUCCAUUCAUUGCAGCUAAUACUGAGAAAUUCGUUCAAAGAUAAUGAGAUUAUGGAUAUAAGCACGCAAGCUAUUGAUACAAGACUAAAUGAUUUGAAGAUUGAAGGGAUGCAAGAACUAGAAGCAGUGACGAGUGAGAUGGUUCGAUUAAUUGAAACAGCAUCAGUGCCAAUUUUGGCAGUUAAUGUUGAUGGGAUGGUCAAUGGAUGGAACACGAAGAUUGCUGAGUUGACAGGCCUUUCAGUUGAGGAAGCCAUUGGAAAGGAUUUACUUACGCUGGUUGAGGAUUUUUCAGUAGAGAGAGUCAAGAAGAUGCUGGACAUGGCACUGCAGGGUAAAGAAGAGAAGAAUUUCCAAUUUGAGAUCAAAACACAUGGUGUGAAGAUUGAUUCAGGUCCUAUCAGCUUGGUAGUUAAUGCUUGUGCAAGCAGGAAUCUCCAAAACAGCGUGGUGGGAGUUUGUUUUGUGGCCCAUGAUAUGACUGCUGAGAAGACAGUCAUGGACAAAUUCACUCGAAUUGAAGGUGACUAUAGGGCGAUUGUACAGAAUCCGAACCCUUUGAUCCCCCCAAUAUUUGGCACAGAUGAAUUUGGCUGGUGUUGUGAAUGGAAUUCAGCCAUGACAAAGUUAACUGGAUGGAAGAGAGAGGAUGUGAUGGAUAAAAUGCUAUUAGGGGAGGUUUUUGGAACCCAUAUGGCUUGUUGCCGUCUUAAGAAUCAAGAAGCUGUUGUUAAUUUUGGAAUUGUACUUAACAAUGCCAUGACUGGUGUGGAAACAGAGAAAGCUGCUUUUGGUUUCUUCACUCGGAAGGGCAAGUAUGUAGAAUGCUUGCUUUCUGUGAGCAAGAAAUUGGAUGUAGAGGGUGAAGUUACUGGAGUCUUCUGCUUCUUACAGACAGCUAGCCCUGAGCUUCAACAAGCAUUGCAUAUUCAGCGUUUGUCCGAACAAACUGCAUUGAAGAGACUCAAAGCUUUAACUUAUAUGAAAAGGAAAAUUCGGAAUCCUUUGUGUGGGAUUGUGUUCUCUCGAAAAUUGUUGGAGAAUACUGAGUUGGGAAUUGAGCAAAAACAACUUCUGGACACUGGCACUCAGUGCCAACGCCAGCUUAGCAAAAUUCUCGAUGACUCGGAUCUUGACCGUAUCAUUGAUGGCUACUUGGAUUUGGAAAUGGUUGAAUUCACUCUGCAUCAAGUUUUUGUUGCCUGCCUAAGUCAGGUCAUGACAAAGAGCAAGGCAAUGGGUAUCCAUAUAAUCAACGAAGUCACGGAGCACAUCAUGACAGAAACCUUAUAUGGUGAUAGUCUUAGGCUGCAGCAAGUCUUGGCUGACUUCUUAUUGAUUUGCAUCAAUUUUACGCCAACCGGAGGUCAAGUUGUUGUUGCAGCCUCUUUAACCAAAGAUCAAUUAGGCAAAUCAGUUCAUUUGGCUAACUUGGAGAUAAGCAUAACACAUGAUGGUGUUGGUGUUCCGGAAACAUUGCUGAACCAAAUGUUCGGACGAGACGGACAAGAAUCCGAGGAGGGUAUUAGUCUGCUCAUCAGCAGAAAGUUGCUGAAGCUGAUGCAAAUCAUCUUUCAUCUUAACAGUUGAACUGGCUGCUUCCCAGAAAUUGAUUGCUUAAAGUUAUAGGAAAAUAAAGAAAUACUUUCAGUUUUUGUACAUCAGAAAAGCAAGUGUGCAAGAAAUCACUUUUCUUGUACAACAUACCUUAAGAGUAAGAGUAACAUA